CGUGAAGUGUUGUAUUCAAAGCCGGUGGAGCAGCGCUGAGCGCGCGCCGCUCACCUGCCGCCGGCGCUGUCAAUAAACUUUGGCCAAACGGGCGAACUUGCUUUUUAUGUUGUUUUGUUCUCCGACCUCCGUCCACGCGCCCAUCGCACCGCCAUUCGUGCCGUGCCGUAUGUUUCAACUUUGAAAGUGUACAUUUAUGUUUUACUUGAAACCAAAUGUCCAGCAUGAGAGGUCAAGAUCAUGAUUUAAAACUGUCAGAAUCUAGCUCGCACCGUCGGCGGUGAAAGUGGCAAAUACGGGCACUCAGGCAGCGACGCGAGACGAACGCGAGUGGUCGUGCUCGUGGAGCCCGACGUGGCGGAAGAAACGAAAACAUAUUGCGCGCUGUUUGUCAUACGAGACAGUUUUAUCGGUUCAAAUAAACCAACGGAAAACGAUGGCAGUAGAGUGAAGAAAACUGUUGAAAAUGUUCAACAAGUGGGCUUGAUAUUGUUGCCAAUGUGUGUGAUAUUUUAUAUCGGGAGAACAUUUCGCCCGAAGCUAUCGGUCGUUCUUAUGGGGAAUAUGCCAGAGUGCCGCGGUGGGCGAGGCAGAUAGAUUGAAUGGAAUGGCGAGCCGCGCGGAGGCGAGCGUGGAGCCGACGAGCCUGGAGUACAUGGAGGACCCGUACUUCGUGCCCCCGGACGACGACUCCACUCCGAGCUUCGACGUGGCCGUUGACGAGCUGGAGGACAUAGUCAACUGGCCGCAAGAUGACACGGAGGCCGAGUGGCGCGCGCUGCCCGACCUCGCCGACUCCGCUCUCUGCAUUGAAACUGAAUUUUACAUGGACAAUCGCCGGCGCCGCUUGCGGAUAUUUAGGAAAAAAAUGCGUGAAGUUCGGGUCACAUUUCAAGAUCUAUCGAAGCCUUAUCUUGCCAGAGUGUCUAGCCACACAAAUUACAAAAAGUUCCUCGGUAUCACUCCUGGAGCUGAAGAAGCGACGAUGGGCGCUGGCGCCGGAGAGGCGAACACUCCAGACGAGCUGGCGGGCCUCACGCCGGAGCAGGCCGAGCAGCUGCGCGCCGAGUGGAGCCGAGAGCUCGCCAGGGUCGAGGACGAGAUCGCCACGCUUCGCACGGUCUUGCAGAGCAAGAUACGUCAAAGCUCCGAUUUAAAACGAAAACUUGGCAUCACAGUCUGGAAGGAGAUCACUGAAGACGUCAAUCAGGGUCUGAAGAACGUCAAAGAGAGCCAAGUUUAUCAAACGAUAGAAACUCGUGUGGCCGCGCUUACACAAGCUGUGACUGAAUCACCUAUAUACCAAAAAACUGAAUCUGUGAUAAAAUCGACUGCCGAAAAGACGACGUCGAUCCUGGGCGGCUUCACGGCCGGCGUGUCCAGCAAGCUCGGCCAGAUGCGCAACUCGGACUCGUUCCGCUCCAUCGAGGAGCGCGUCGGCAGCGCUUACGAAAACGUUAAGGGUAAAGUAGCAUCCAGGUCCAACUCGACGCAGAGCUUCGACGAGGCGCUGCGCGACGCGAGCCGCUCCGCCAGCGGCGCCACCUCGCCCUCCAUCCCCGAGCACAAGCCGCUGCCUUAGUGACGUCACGCGCCGCCCCUCGCCCCCUCGCCCCCUCACCGCGCCACGCCGCCCCGCGCUUGGGGACCAUCGGUACACGACACCUGACAUCUGACCCUGCUAUAUAAACUCUUUAUUUAUUAUGUGAAACACUGUUAUUACAAAAAUAAUUGGCGAUCUCUUCUAUGCUACCAUAUACAGAUCGUUUCAUGUAGGAUGGUGCGAGUGACAGUUCGUUUCACUCUUGAAGGUUUGCCGCGAUUCACGAUAAUAGUACCAGUACGUAUUAUGAACGUCAUACAGGCGACUGUCAUCGUACCCAUGCUAUCUGAAAAACACUAUAGAAGCAUAUAAAUUAUGUGAGACAGGAUAUCGUAAUAAAUUUAAUUUUAAAUUAAAUUAUUUUUUAAGUAAGCUGAUAAAUGUGACUCUAUAUUAUAUAAAAAAAUAGAAAUAGAUGCGUUAUCGGAUGUAUCGAGCUUAAUUAAAAAAAAACGAAAAACACGUACGAACAAGAAUCGAGACCAAUCAGAGUAUUAAAUAAUGACGUCACAAUACUGCUACUGUUCCGAAAAUUCCAUCGGCUUCACAAUUAUUUAUUAUUCGAACUGCGAAUUUGGGAACAUUUUCCAAGACUUUUUUUUUAUUUUUGACAAUUUUUACGCUUAACACCUUCAAUGCGGUACGAGGUCAAUAAGUCUAGCGGCUUCAAGAGUUACGAGGUCGAUUGACCUCGUACACAGUUUUAAUACGAGGUCAGUUGACCUCGUAAGUCUAGCGGCUUCAAGAGUUACGGGGUCAAUGAACCUCGUCCAAAGUUUUAGUACGAGGUCAAAAACCCUUGUACAGAAAAUUCACGCCGCAGCGAAUGUAUUAAAACAAAAAUAGACAAACUGUAGAGUACUUAUGCUGUCGAAGAGUUUGCUAAAAUCUUUUGCUAUCUCAAUUUACAAUUUAAAUCAAGUUACUUGUACUAAUUUUGAAUGCAUUGUAGUUUUGUUUAAUCUUCGGUAAUUAAUCGGUUUAAAAGAUUAUGAAAACCGAAAAAAUAUUUAUUGAAACAAAACUUGAUAAACGCCUCGAUAAUUGUCUUAAAAUAUUUAUUGAUCUUUAUGUUUUAGGGUCUUUUUACAGCGUAUUUGUACUUUAGUGCUAGUUUUCAAAAGUACUUAAUAUGUCUCAAAUAUCUUUACGUUAACUUAGUGAUACUCAAAAUAUGAGAAUUUUUAUGAAGUACCUACCUAUAUAUUUUGUUAGCGUUUGUAGUGAACUAAAUUACAAAUAGUUUACUUUAUAUGCGUCUGCAAACAUUUAGUUAAUAAAUAACAAUGAUCAGAAACUAUUAUUAACUAUUUUGCUGAAAAAGCAUUCUGGGCAGUACAAAUUACCAAUUUAAAAAGUAAAAUAUAUAUUUUUCGUUUGGUAUCUUAUAUAAAUGGAAUGUUCAAAUCCAAGCAUCGAUAAAAAAUCUUACAACUAAUAUAGCCAUCGUACCCUAUAUUUUGUAUAAACAUGAAAAUUAAUAAACUAGAAAAAUGUAUGGGUAUGACAGAUCUUGAUCACGUGACCGAUAGCAAAUGUCAUUCCCAGAUUUAUCUGGAGAUCAAAAUUAGUGUUAGUAGAUUAAUUUAUUUAGGGUUUAGUUGCCUGUCUUGCUUUCAAUGGGGGUACGCUAGUACCAAGCGGCGUGGUAAUUUUAUGAGCAGCAUAAGAUGUAUAUGUACGCUUACCUUGUACGUUUAUCUUGAGGAUUGCAUUAUAUUCACUUUCUUUGAAUAAUUUUAAAACAGCAUUCCAUGUUUGUUACGGUGUCUGACUAAUGUAGACAGUUUCGUAUGUUUUGUGAGGAAAAUAUAUGUAACGAAAGAAAUAUGUUCUAAGUCGCUUAGCGGUGAGCACUUUUAUAUAAAUAUAUACUUGUUGAACUCACAAAGUUGUUUUGUACGACUGGUAGACUUUGUAUGAAGUACUACACAAAGCUUGUUGAGUCCAGUUCAAAAGAUGAUAUUUUUGUAAGAUGCUUAGCCUUUCUUUUAAUUCAAAUAAUCCCAUUAUUUACAUUAAAUGUUUGAAAAUGGUAAAUAAAUUUAUGUAUUUAAAUA